AGUAUCGUUUUUGGUGUAUGCACGGCAAGCUGUAAGGUGCUAGGUACUAGCGGAAAUCUGAGAUGACUACCUGGGCGGGCAUGAAAAUAGGCUCCAAACAGGGUCAACCAAACAACAAGCAAGCGCCGAUGCGCUUUUCGGACACAUUAACGGCCGCACUGGGAAAUCGCAAAAACAAGUACAAGGACGUCUCGAAGGAUCUCAACAGUCUGAUCAACCGCGAAGAGCUGGAGGAUGAAAUAUUUGUGCCCAACUAUAACAUCCGCAAAAUCAAAGCUAUGAUAGCUCGUGUAGUGAAGCAACAGUUCAUCGUGCGCAAUGAGGACGGUGAUCUGCUGAAGUGGGUGUACGAGCCAGACAAGAAUCUUGAAAUGAGUCAAUCGAUUGCGAAAGCAGUCAAAGAUCGACUACGCAACCUGAAUCUGCCUCGCUAUCGGGUCGUGUGUUUCUGCUCUAUUGUGGAAAAACAGAUGCAAGGCGUUCACUACAAGAUGAAGUACAUACUCGACCCGUACAUGGACAACUACGUCCAGUACGUGCACGAUGGCGCCAUCUUCUGGAUCAUUACGACAGCUUUUCUGGUGCACAAAGACUAGAUGUGGCUGGUUAGUACUUACGUUCGAGCACUCGAAGUACAGGAUGAUGUCUACCGGUGCGAUAAACUUCUCGAACUCAGGUCCCUGGGCAGGUUCGCGUGGAUAGC